AUGGCCUCACAGCCGCGGUCCUUCCUUUCCGCCGCGCCUCCGCUCAUCCCCGCCUCUCCGCCUCCCCCGCAGUUACCAUACACCCCUCCCCCGGCUGCUCCCUCCCCCCCGCCUCCCGCCAACUUUGCGCCACGCCCGCUUUCCGCCCCUCACCCAUUCUCCGCCCCGCCGUAUCCGCUCUCCGUUCCGCCGCAUCCGCUGCCCGUCUCCACGCGCAAGCCUGCAGCGAAAUGGGUCCGCCAGUGCAACUGCCUCUCCAUGCCCGGAUCCUUCUGUCCCUUCCCGCCCCAUUUACUGCCCUUUCCCCCUCCCCUUUCUCCCCUUCUCCCCCCCUCUCUCCCCCCUCCCCUUCCACGUAUUCCCAUCCCCCCAGAGGCGCCAGACCCCCCUCCUGCCAGCGCGCCCAGGUCCGCCUCGCCCUUCCAGCUGCACAUGCCACACCUGCGCCCCUUCCCCCCGCCCCCUUUCCCCCCUGCUUCCUCCGCCACCCCUCCCCCUACCUCCGCCUCAUCCUCCCGCGCGCCAGGCCCCUUCCCCGGCUUCCCCCAAUCGCCUGCCAACGCUACCCCUCGUGGUGCCACGUGGCAGGGCGCGAGUGGCGCUGCUGGUGCCUCUGGUGGGGCUGCAACGCCAGCAGGAGCAGCAGCAGCAGCAGGAGCAGCGUUGAGAACGCCCUCUCCUCUCGCCCCUGUCGCCGCCCCCACCUCUCUCUCGGGCGGCGGACCGACCAUCUUCCGCCUCUCCCUGCCCUCCGCCGCCCACCUCUCGCCCUCUGCUGCCGCCCUUGCCGCCCGCGGCGGCAUGCCAUCGGGCAGCCCGUCAGGAAUGGCGGGCGGCGGGGCAGCAGGUGGGGCAAGUGGGGGCCAAUCAGGGCCGCCCCAUGACACGCGCUCGCACUCUCCAGCCAUCCCACAAGGGCCGGGGCAGGGGGGCCACAUGCAGGGGCAGGGACAGGGUCUAGGGCUGGGGCAGGGUUUUGGGUUGGGACAGGGGUUAGGGCUAGGGCUGGGGCUGGGGCAGGGAAUGCAAAACCAGGGGGCAGUGGCGCAGGGGAAUGCAGGCGGCUCUCUGCCUUUCCCAGGGGGAAUGCAAGCGGGGCAGGGGCAAGGGGGAAUGCCUGGGGGGCACGCACAUGCAGCAGCAGGGGGGCCGAUGCCGGGGCUGGCGAUGCUGCAGCUGCCCGCUGCCGCCCAUGGCAGCAUGGCGGGUGGCAUGGGCGCACUACCAGGGGGCGGGGGAGGCGGAGGCGCAGGGGGAGCAGCAGGUGGAGGGGCAGGGGGAGGGGGGAGUGCGAGCAUGCAGAUGAGCGGAGGGGGAACAGUGGUAGGGGAGGCGGGGAGGGGAGGAGGGGGGUCGUGGGGUGGAAUGGGCGCAGCAGCAACGGCGGGAGUGGCCCCUGCAGGUUCCCCAGCAGCAGCAGCAGGUGCUGCGAGCUCAAACGCCAUUCCUGGUGCAAGUGGGUUGGGCGGCAUGCAGAGCGGUGCAGGUGGUGUGCAGAGUGGUGCUGCAGGUGCAGCAGGGGCAGCAGGGGGGGAGGAGCAGGCGGCAGCAGCAAGCGGGGGAGGCAGCAGCAUAGGAAUAGGCCUUGGCUUUGGUCUCUCUGCUGCUGGCACCUCUGCUGGUGCUGCUGGUGCUGGUGGGGGGGUUGGUGGGCCGUUGGGUGGAGGGCCGUUUGUGUGCGGUGUGGAUGGGUGCGGAAAGGCGUUUCUGGAUGCAGGGGGGUUGAGGAAGCACUCGAACGUGCAUGGGGAGAGGCAGUUCGUGUGCCACUAUGAGGGCUGCGGCAAGCGGUUUGUGGACAGCAGCAAGCUGAAGCGCCACUUCCUCAUCCACACGGGCGAGAAGCGCUUCUUCUGCCCCUAUGAGGGGUGCGGCAAGGCAUUCUCGCUGGAUUUCAACCGCCGUUCUCACAUGCGCACGCACACGGGGGAGAACUACCACACGUGCCCCAUCCUUGAGUGUGGCAAGCGCUUUGCACAUGAGAACAAGCUGCGCAUGCACCUGGCGUCGGCACAUGGCGAUAAACAGCAGCAGCAGCGGUCUGCAGCGCGCGAGGGAUCAGAUGGGUCGCAAGACGAAGGUGCGGGGAGGGCGGAGAGGGAGGGGCGGAAGGAGGGGGAUGGGCAAGGGAGAAAGAGUGAGGGGGGCAGUGCAGGGAGCAAGGAAAAGGGUGGGCGAGGGAGGAGGAAGCGAGAGGAGGAGGGGGUGGCAGGAGACGGGAGUGAGAGGGGAGGAGAUGAAGAGAGGGAAGAAGUACAACAGGGAGGGAAACGGAGGCGAGAUGAAAUAGAGGAGGGGAGUGAGGGGGAGAGUGAGGAGGGGAGGGAGAAAGCGAGUGAGAAAGGGAGGGGGUCAGAGAGUUGGGGUCAGGGUGGGGAGGAGGGAACUGAGGGUGAGAGAAGGGGAUUUGGGGAAGGGGCAGAGGGGGAUGGGGAGGGCGACGAGGUGGGGGAUGGGGAGGGGGAGGGGGAGAGUGAGGAUGGGGAGGAGAGGAGGAGUGUGGGUGAUGGAUCGCAAAAGGGAAUGGCGACAAAGCGAGGGCGAUUCCUGAAUUCCAUUUCAGAGUCAGGAGAGGGAGGCGGGGUGAGGGAACCCUGGGGUAAGGGCAGCGGGAGGGGGAGGGGGAGGGGGCGGGGCAGGGGUCGUGGAAGGGGGAGGGGGAGAGGGCGGAGAGGGGAGGAGGCAGGAGGGGAGGCAGGAGAGGGGGACGUGGCAGAGAGCUAUAGAGGGAGAGGAAGGGGAAGGGGGAGAGGCAGAGGCAGGGGAGUGGGGAGGGGCAGAGGGAGAGGGAGAGGGAGGGGGAGAGGGGUAGGUGGGUCAACAAGGGAAUGGAGUGAUGCUGAGAAUGCCCGUGGCACUGGCGGGUAUGGUGGGGGUGCGGGUGGUUAUGGGGGUGAGCUUGGAGCAGAGGAGGAUGGGGAAGGCAUGGAGAGGGAGAGUGAGCAGGGUGAUUAUAACGAGGGGGAGGAGGUCACUGGGGCGAGUGACUUAGGCGAGGGGGAAGGGGAGGAGGAAGGGGAGGGCGCGCUGUAUGAUGAAAUGGGGAGUGAGGAGGAGGGGGCGGAUGAUGGGGGCAUGGGCAGUGAUGCGCUGGAUGCUGGUGCUGAGAGUGAUGGGUUCGGGGAGGACAUGGGGGGUGGGGAUUCAAUGGGGGAGGGUGGUGGCAUGGAGGGGUACGGUGGAGAAGAGGAGGAGGAUGAGGGAGGGGAGGAGGCGUGGCGGGAGGAAUUGGGAGGCGAGGAGGGAGAGGGAGGGGGAGGAGUGGAGGGAGGGAAGGGAGGAAAGGGUGCAGGGGUGAAGAAGGGUCCGGGAGGGCAGGAGGAGCAGGAGGAGGUGCGGCCGAAGAGGCGGCGGCGGCGGCGCAAGCUGGAGGAGUCGGAGCGCGUGUUUGCGUGCGGGGAGGCGGGGUGCAGCAAGCGGUACUUCCACGACUACAAGCUGCGCCUCCACCUCAAACACUUCCACGGCGUGGCGCUCGCUGAUGAGCCGCCUGUUGCUGCUCAUGGUGCUGCUGCUGGUGAAGGUGGUGGUGGUGGAGGGGAAGGGGGAGGUGUGGGGAGGGAAAGAGGAAGGGGUAGACGAGGAGGGAGAGGCGUGGGGAGGGGAGUGGGGAGGGGAGAGAGAGGUGGUGGGAGAGGUGGCAAGGGUGUGUCAGGGUAUGGUGAUGAGGAGGAGUUUGAUGGUGCAGGGAGUGCGAGGGGUGGGUAUGGGGAGAGUGUGAAUGAGGAGGGGUAUGAGGAUGACGAUGGGAAUGAUGACUAUUCCAGGGGUGACUAUAACGAGGAGUACAGUGAAUAUGGAAGGGAGGAAGAUGGUGAGGAAGACGAGGAUGCUUAUAUGGAGGAUGUGCCGUUGGGGCAACGCCGGCCUCAUUCUCUCUCCUCCUCCUCUGCGCCUUCCUUGGAAGCUAAGGGAAUGGGUGCUGCUGGGGGGUAUGUGGAGGAUGAGGGGGACUAUCAGGAGGAGGAAUUUGAGGAGGAAGGGUUUUAUGACGAGGAUGAUGAGGAUGGUGGUGGUGAUGAGAGGCGAUACUCACGGCUGAAGCGAUCUCAACAACACCACUUUUGGCUACUCGCGCACUUUAACGCACAUUCUAGUCCCGAAAUAACUUAUUCUGCUGCCGCACACUCACCCCCCAAAAUGGCGGGGUACAAGCGCACCAUACCCCACUUUGAAACGGGUAACUACAAAUCGCCGGGGGUGUUCCUGGCGGACGCGGAGUACGGGCGCGCGCUGGACUGCCUGGUCAAGGCGUGCGCGGACUUCUUCAUCCUCGAUACAGACAGCUCCGAGAACUGCAGAGUACUGCUGGGGAAGCGCAAGGUGGAGCCGCAGCCCGACUGGUGGUUCAUGGGGGGGCGCAUGCGGCCGGGGGAGAAGCCAGAGGACAGCGUGGUGCGCCUGCUGAGCCGAGAGCUGGGCGUCACGGUGGAGCCCGGUGCAGUGCGGUUCCUGAGCGUGCACUCGUACUGGUGGUAUCGGCGCGUGCAGGCGCCUGUGGAGAACGGCACGUGUGACAUCAGCGGAGUGUUCACGGUGGCGAUUGGGGCUGACCAGGCAGCUGCUAUCAAACUGGACGAGGAGGAGUACAGUGAUUCCAAGUGGGUGAGCAUAGCGGACAUCAUCGACGGGGAGCACUACCACCCCGCCCUGCGCCAGUCAGCCAGGGAUCUCAAGGCACGGUUUGCCUGGGAGCGUCUGGAGAGCCUAGUGAAGGGCGGUGCCGGAACAGAUGCAGAGAUAGCAGAAGCUGCCAGGAAAUUGGUUGAUAUUUUCCUCGCGAUCACAGAGAACCCCAUUCCCGUCGCCAUUCCUCUCACCCCUCUCAUCGCCCACUAUGCUAUCCUCGAGUUCGCCAAAUCGCCCACCCGUCUCCCUUUCCGUCGCGCGUCACGUCGCCAUCUCGUCGCCCGUCCCGUCGCCCUCUUCGUCGCCCUCUCUCCCCUCCUCUCCUCCCGUCGGCCUCUCUCUCGCCCCUCCCUACCGAUCGCCCUCCCGUCGCUCGCCCCGUCGCGCUCUCUCUCUCCGCUCCCUUCCCGUCGCCCUCUCUCUCGCCCCUCCCUUCCCGUCGCGCUCUCUCUCUCCGCGCCCUUCCCGUCGCCCUCUCUCUCGCCCCUCCCUUCCCAUCGCUCUCUCUCUCUCCGUUCCGCCCUCUCUCUCGCUCCUCCUUCGAAUCGCGCUCUCUCUCCGCUCCCUUCCCGUCGGCCUCUCUCUCCGCUCCCUUCCCGUCGCGCUCUCUCUCUCCGCUCCCUUCCCGUCGCCCUCUCUCUCGCCCCUCCCUUCCCGUCGCGCUCUCUCUCUCCGCUCCCUUCCCGUCGCCCUCUCUCUCGCCCCUCCCUUCCCGUCGCGCUCUCUCUCUCCGCUCCCUUCCCAUCGCCCUCUCUCUCGCCCCUCCCUUCCCGUCGCGAUCUCUCUCUCCGCUCCCUUCCCGUCGCCCUCUCUCUCGCCCCUCCUACCCGUCGCGCUCUCUCUCUCCGCGCCCUUCCCGUCGCCCUCUCUCUCGCCCCUCCCUUCCCAUCGCGUUCUCUCUCUCCGCUCCGCCCUCUCUCUCGCUCCUCCCUUCGAAUCGCGCUCUCUCUCCGCUCCCUUCCCGUCGCGCUCUCUCUCUCCGCUCCCUUCCCAUUGCCCUCUCUCUUUCUGCUCCCUUCCCAUCCUCCCUUCUCGCUCGCCUCGAAUAGCCCUCCCGGCGACCUUCGACUCUCCCAUCACGUAUGCCCUCCUUUCUCCGUCGCCUCUCUCGUUCUCCCUCUGCUAUCGCGUCAGCGUGACCCUUUCCGUACUCUGUUAUUGUGUUUGGUUUGUUUGUUUUUUCUGUCUUUCCAUCUAUUCUCGACACCCUCUCUCCCGCCGCCUAUCCUCUCUCCCGUCGCCCUCCCGUUUCCCGUCGCCCUCCCGUUUCCCGCCCCCCUCCCGUUUCCCGUCGCCCUCCCUUUUCCCGUCGGCCUCACGUUUCCCGUCGCCCUCGCGUUUCCCGUCGCCCUCCGGUUUCCCGUCGCCCUCCCGUUUCCCGUCGCCCUCCCUUCUUCCGUCACCCUCCCUUUUCCCGUCGCCCUCGCGUUUCCCGCCCUCCCGUUUCCCGUCGCCCUCCCGUUUUCCGUCGCCCUCCCGUUUCCCGUCGCCCUCCCGUUUCCCGUCGCCCUCGCGUUUCCCGUCGCCCUCCCGUUUCCCGUCGCCCUCCCGUUUCCCGUCGCCCCCCUUCUUCCGUCGCCCUCCCGUUUCCUACGCCCUCCCUUCCCGUCGCCCUCCCGUUUCCUGUCGCCCUCCCUCUUUCCCUUCAUUCGCGCCUCAAGAACCCUCUGCGAUUGGCGGCUGCAACUACUCCUGCUCUUCCCUGUGACAGCAGUCGCCAUGCCGGGCGACAUUCCUGUCGGCAAACACGAUCCUGCGGCGGCGGACCCCGCGGCAUGGGCGCAGCUGCAGCAGCUCCCCCCGUCCGACCGCCUGCACACGGCGGUGCUCCCCAAGGGCGGAAGCACGCUGGGCGCGGGCGCGCUGGCGGACGGCGGAAAGGAAGGGGAGGCGGGGCUGGCGCAAGUGGACUUGCGCGCGCUGAGCCACGCGCAGCGGGAGCGGCUGGUGGAGCGCGCGCUGGAGACGCUCGACCAGGACAACGAGGCGUUCCUUACGAAGCUUAAAGCCCGCCUCGACCGCGUGGGGCUGGCCGUGCCGGCGGUGGAGGUGCGCUUCGAGGACGUGCACGUCGAGGCGGGCGUGUAUGUCGGCACGCGCGCGCUGCCCACGCUCCUCAACUUCACGCGCAACUCGCUCGCCGCGGCGCUGCGGUCGCUGCGCGUGGUGCCGGACUCGCGCCGCCCGUAUCCGAUCCUGCACGGGUGCUCGGGCGUGUUGCGGCCGGGCCGCAUGACGCUGCUGCUGGGGCCGCCAGGCUCCGGCAAGUCCACUCUCAUGCAGGCGCUCGCGGGCUGCCAUGACAAGUCGCUCAAGGUAUCUGGCAGCGUGACCUAUAACGGGCAUGCUCUUAACGAGUUCGUACCGGAGCGCACGGCAGUGUACGUGCCGCAGAACGACGAGCACAUCGGCGAGAUGACCGUCCGAGAGACCCUCGACUUCUCCGCGCGCCUGCAGGGCCCGGGGCUCAGGAAAGACCUAGUGGCGGAGCUGGAGAAGCGCGAGGCGGAGCAGGGCAUCGUGCCGGAUCCCACUAUGGACGCCAUCAUGAAGGCGAUGGCGCUGGAGGGCAAUCCCACCAACGUCAUCACGGACUAUGUGCUCAAGAUCCUCGGGCUGGACAUCUGUGCAGACACAGUGGUGGGAAACGACAUGCUGCGCGGCAUCUCAGGCGGGCAGAAGAAGCGAGUCACCACAGGCGUGUCUCUAGUCGGCCCCAAGCAAGUGCUGCUGAUGGACGAGAUCAGCACGGGGCUCGACUCGUCCACCACCUUCCUCAUCACGCGCUGCCUGCGCCACCUCACGCACCUCCACUCCGCCACCACGCUCGUCGCGCUGCUCCAGCCCGCCCCCGAGACCUACGAGCUCUUUGACGACGUGCUGCUGCUCUCCGAGGGCCACGUCGUCUUCCACGGGCCCCGAGAGCAGGUCGUGCCGUUUUUCAACCAGCUCGGCUUUGAGUGUCCCGAGAGGAAGGGCGAGGCGGAUUUCCUGCAGGAGGUGACUUCUAUGAAGGACCAGGGGCAGUACUGGAAGGGGGGAGUGGGCGGCGGCAGUCAGCCGUAUCACUAUGUGCCGGCGCAGGCGUUUGAGGCGGCGUUCAAGGAGACGCAGAUCGGCAAGGCCACUGCUGCCCACCUCUCGGUGCCCUACCCAAAAGAAAAGAGCCCCCCAGGCGCACUCGCCCACCAGCGCAACGCGCUGCCCACCUCGGAGAUGUUCCGCGCGGUCUUCGAGCGCGAGUGGCUCCUCAUGAAGCGCAACGCCUUCCUCUACGUGGCGCAGACCAUCCAGAUCAUCCUCAUCGCGCUCGUCACCAUGACCGUCUUCUUCCGCACCACGCUCACCGUCUCCCUGCAAGACGGCAACUACUACCUCGGCGCCAUGUUCUUCGGCCUCAUCAUGAUGCUCUUCAACGGCUUCACCGAGCUCACGCUGCUCGUGAUGCGCCUGCCCAUCUUCUACCGGCAGAGGGACGCGUUUCUCUACCCGGCGUGGGCGUGGGAGGUGCCCAUGGAGCUGCUCUCGCUGCCCUUCUCUGGUUGGGCUUCCAUCAUCUGGACGGCUGUCACCUACUACGUCAUCGGCUUCGCUCCUGAACCGGGCAGGUUCUUGAUGCAGAUGUUGCUCUUCUUCCUCAUCCACCAAGUCGCCAUGUCCCUAUUCCGUCUCAUCGGAGCGCUGGGGCGCAGCAUGGUGGUCUCCAACACCUUCGGCUCAUUCGCUCUCAUCCUGCUCUUCCUGCUCGGAGGCUUCGUCCUCGCUAAGGCCGACAUCAGCAACGUGUGGAUCUGGGCGUACUGGAUCUCGCCUCUCAUGUACGGCCAGAACGCCCUCGCUGUCAACGAGUUCCUCGCCCCCCGCUGGAACGUUUCCGCAGGCCCCCUCUUCCCCCCCACAACCACCAUGGGGCAGGUGCUGCUGGAGAGCCGCUCGCUGGCCAUGGAUGACAAUUGGCGCGGCAUCGGUGUGGCGGCGCUCAUCGGCUUCAUCAUUCUUUUCAAUGUCCUCACCAUCCUCGCCCUCGCCUACCUCGAUCCGUGGGGCCGUCCCCAGCCGGUGGUGUCGGAGGAGCAGUUGGAGACGAAGCACGCCGCCCGCACGGGCGAGGUGCUGGGCUUGGCUGGCGGCAGCAGAAAGCGGUCCACACGGCAGGGCAAGGGCACCAGCAGCGCUCUCGACCGCUACUGCACCAGCCACACCGGGUCCAGAGAUGUGGAGUCACAGCCCGAGUCCACGGAGGGCAAGCACGGCAUGGUGCUGCCGUUCGCGCCGCACUCGCUCUCCUUCCACAACGUCAACUACUUCGUCGACAUGCCCGCCGAGAUGCGCGCCGAGGGCGCCCCCCCCGACGCGCGCCUGCAGCUGCUGCGCAACGUGUCGGGCGCCUUCCGCCCCAAAGUGCUGACAGCGCUGGUGGGCGUGUCGGGCGCGGGCAAGACGACGCUGAUGGACGUGCUGGCGGGGAGGAAGACCGGGGGGUACAUCGAGGGGGACGUGCGCGUGUCGGGGUUCCCCAAGGUGCACGAGACGUUUGCACGCGUGGCGGGGUACUGCGAGCAGAGCGACAUUCACACGCCGCAGGUGACGGUGCACGAGAGCCUGCUCUUCUCCGCGUGGCUGCGCCUGCCGGCUGAUGUGGACGUGGAGGUGAGGGAGGAGUUUGUGGAGGAGGUGAUGGAGCUGGUGGAGCUGGAUAGUCUGCGCGACGCCAUGGUGGGGCUGCCGGGGGUCAAUGGGCUCUCCACGGAGCAGCGCAAGCGCCUCACCAUCGCCGUCGAACUCGUCGCCAACCCCUCCAUCAUCUUCCUCGAUGAGCCCACCAGCGGGCUCGAUGCACGGGCGGCGGCCAUUGUGAUGCGCACCGUGCGCAACACCGUCGACACGGGGCGCACCGUGGUGUGCACCAUUCACCAGCCUAGCAUCGACAUCUUUGAGGCCUUUGAUGAGUUGCUGCUGAUGAAGCGGGGAGGCGAGGUGAUAUACAUGGGCCCCUUGGGCACGGACUCGCGGCUGAUGAUAGACUACUUCCAGGCCAUCCCAGGCGUGCCGCCCAUCCGCGCCGGCUACAACCCAGCCACGUGGAUGCUCGACAUCUCCACCCCAGCCAUGGCCGAGAAACUCAACCUAGAUUUUGCCGACAUCUUCCGCAAGUCGGACCAGUUCCGCCGCAACGAGGAGCUCAUCGAGUCGCUCAAGACGCCCCCGGCAGGCCAGCAGGACCUCGCCUUCGCGACGAAAUUCUCCACCAGCUACGUCUCUCAGUUCGUGGCGAAUCUGUGGAAGCGGUCGCGCAUGUACUGGCGGGCGCCGGACUACAACGCCGUCCGCUACUUCUUCUGUGUCAUCAUGGCGCUGCUCAUCGGUGGGGUGUUCUUUGGACUCGGCAAGCAGCGCAGCACGCAGCAGCAGGUGCUGAACGUGAUGGGCGCCAUGUACACGGCCUCGCUCUUCAUGGGGUGGAACAACGCUGCUUCCGUGCAGCCCAUUGUGGCCAUCGAGCGCACCGUCUUCUACCGCGAGCGCGCCGCAGGGCUGUAUGGGGCCGUGCCGUACGCCCUGGCGCAGGGAGCGAUUGAAGUCCCAUAUGUGUUGGUGCAGACGUUCAUCUACUCGCUGAUCACGUACGCGAUGAUCCAGUUUGAGUGGACGGCCGGCAAGUUCUGGUGGUACACGCUCUUCAUGUACCUCACGCUCUUCUACUUCACGUGCUACGGCCUCAUGGCCAUCGCCAUCUCGCCCAACGAGCAGCUCGCCAUGGUCAUCUCGGGCUUCUUCUUCUCCUUCUGGAACCUUCUCUGCGGCUUCCUCAUCACCCGACCUCAAAUCCCGGUGUGGUGGCGGUGGUUCUACUGGAUCAACCCUGUCUCGUGGACCCUCUAUGGCCUCAACGCCUCGCAGCUGGGAGAUGUGACGACGACCCUGCAGGUGCCAGGGGUGACCCCGGACCCAACGGUGCAGGUGUAUCUGGAGCAGGUGUUUGGCUACCAGCACUCGUGGCUCGGCUACGUGGUGCUUGUGAACAUCGGAUUCAUCAUCCUCUUCUUUACCGUCUUCGCUUACGCGCUCAAGAAGCUCAACUUCCAAAACCGUUGA